AUGUCCCCAGAGAAGGCUGCGGGCCCGUCCAGCCGCCGGUGCACCAACACAGGCAGAAAGUGUGAGGGUUAUGCCAUCCCAGCUUCGUCCGCUGCACGUCUCUCCAUCCAGGUCGCACCAGGGCCAGAAGUGACUUCGCCCAUCGAGCCUCGCGCACUCGAGUUCUUUUUUCACAAGACUGCUCCGCACUUGGCCGGCUUCUUCGAGGCCUCAUUCUUCCAAGGCAGUGUCCUCCAGCUGAGCCUGGCAGAACCCGCGAUCCGCCAGGCCAUUGCCGCAAUAGCAUCACUACAUGAGCAAGAAGCACCGGAUCCACAACUUCUGGCAGACGCGGAAUCACCGGCCGAUCUCCCCGUCAGACUCUACAGUCAAUCGAUCCGGUCAAUUAUAGACAGGGCCGCCGGCAAUAAUGCCAUGCCAGUGGUGGCUGUGGCUAACAUCUUGUAUACCUGUUUUGAAUUUCUCCGAGGCAAUGCUGCCACCGCUGCUAACCACGUUCGGAGCGGCAUCAAUCUCCUGCAAUCAUUCCGUGAGCAGUCAGGAGGCGAGCCGGCCGGCCCGUGGGGACAAAAGUAUCGAUCAUUCGAAUCACACUUCAUGGAGACCGAGAUCGCUCCACUGCUGAGCCUGUUCAACAUCAACGUGCUCAAAUUCGGCCGUCGUGACCGCUCCAGGCUUCUGCUCAAUGCAGUGGAUGGCAUUGGACAGGUCGUGUUGGCCGAUCGAUUCGAGACUCUCCGUGAAGCCCGAGUCGCUCUCCUCGACCUCAUCUCUGUCUCCAUUGCCUCCUUUGAAUACUUUGACCAAAUCGUCGGCCACGGAGAACUGCCUAUCGCAGAUAUCGUAAUCUUUUUCGACAAGAUGCGCUCGGGCCUCAGCCAAUGGAAGGCCAAAUUCGAGGAUCUUGCUCGCCGGCAGGAACAUUCGUGGAAUCAAAAGGAGCAGGCUGCCGCGAAUGUAAUUCACAUCAUGGGGUUCAGCGGCGACAUCGGCAUGAUUGCCUACCAAGUCAACGGUGAGAGUGACUGGGAUGCUUAUCGCUCCGACUAUGAAGAAUUUAUCCAACUCGCGGAAACCCUCGUUUCAGAUCAAGGCAAUUACUCAGAUCCAUUGACCAAGGUUCUGAGCUUGGAUUUUGGCAUGAUCUUCCCUCUCCACGCAGUGGCCUGGAAAUGUCGCUGGCCCCAUCUCCGUCGCAAGGGACUGGAUCUAUUCCAUAAGAUUCCCAAGCGCGAAUGGUCCCUCGUUUCAGAGCGCUACUACGCUAUUUUCUCCCGAAUCAUGGAGAUCGAAGAGUCUUAUCUUCACCUAGCGCCGGGCACCAUCCCAGAUGAGAAUGUGCUCCCUCCUGAGCACGUCCGGAUUCAUGAUUUUCAAGUGGUUCCUCACCCGACCAGCCCGGGCGAACGUCCUCUGUUCGCUGUCAGCUUCUUCAGGAAGCCCAGUGGUCUUGACAGUGACUGGCAUUGUCAAACUGAGUAUCUCCAUCUAGGGACCUCUGAGUCCACUGAACUUGCGGUCCCGAGCAACUUGAUCGCGCGGAGACCAUGGGCCAGCUCUGAGCUUUCUGAUCCGGACGCUUUACGUCUCUUGAAGAGGGCUGUGUUUGGGUCUGAAACCGAACUUCUCGUGCGAGCGUCGCCUGAACGGAAUCUUUGUGAUACGAUGCCAUAG